AUCUUUCGUCAUUCGACGAGCGAGCUGUAGUGGAAUUCUCACGGCCACCAGUUCGCGUGCACCGGUGUUCGAGCGCGGUCAAACAUAUCGUCGCUCGCUGCUCGCUCUAUAUUAUCGUCGCUAUUUUCGGUCGAGAGCCGCGCGAUUGAUAAGCACCAAACUACCCUUGUGCUUCGAUCGCGUCGCACGGCCCGACAGUUCAGUCUCACCGCGACUCGGAAACGCUAGUUCCAUUUUCAAGUUGAGCAUUUUGAAUAUUAUUCGUAUUUGCGCCGGCGACUUGUGAAUUACAAUUUCAUAUUAACUUGCAAAUAGACGUGACGGAUGAGUGAGUUUUCGUUUCCGAAGGUGUUGUGGGAGCGCGAGUCGGCAGGCGCCAGCGCAAUGGACAGCUGCUACAAGCUGUACACAUGGAUCAACCACACGGUGCUGAUGCUGCUCUUCCAGAUAUUCUGGAAAGUGAGCCAGAUCUCCGACUACUUGACUGGAAAAUCACCAGAGCCGAAACCAGAGAACAUGGUCAUCACAUUCUCGCCUCUCACAAAGGAGUCCAAGUACAGAAGACACAUCAGGUCAAUGUCAGACGUCCAGAGCAGCACACCGUACAGAAUUCCCUUCAGGUCUAGGAAAGGAAGCACACAAACAUUGAUGUACGACUCUGAUACCAGAGCCAGGAGGAUCAGGAACCAUAGGCACAGACAACUGGAAUCUUCAGACUCGAGCGACUACUUCGAGUCGCCAAAGAAAAUCCGAAGUCUAGGACAGAACAUCCUCAAACAUACAGACUCCAUGAGAAUCCUGUAAUGCAGUCAGAGAUCUGAUUUUAAUUAUUCAAUGAGGCUGUACAAUCUAGUUGUCGACUAGAUCGGAAUCACGUCGGGUUUCAAAGGAAAAUCAGAUUUCAAUGGGACGUUCUCUUAUUCAGAAGACACUGGAGAAUUUUGUGAUUUUUAGUCUUAAUGCAAAUAGUAUUUAAUAUUUCUGUGUUAUAUUAAAUAUGUCAGAAAAACACGUAGAUCAUCCAUGUUCGAAGGUUGUUUUUGCAUGAUCGUUAAUUUGAUUGAAUAAUUAGACGGUCCCAAAGAUGUUUGUCCCAACGUGAUUCAGCUGAGCAACAGACUUUUGUGAUUUCCUUUAUGAGACUGUGAUGAAGUAGGUUAACGGUAUUGAUAACUAUUUAGUUGUAAUUAUUAAUUUUAAGUUGAUCUUCUCAUUAUUGAUUUGUGCCAGUGUCUACGUGAGAAAGAAAUAAACACGAAUUGACAUUGACGCACCUAUUUUGCAGCGAGGUGUAAAUUCUGACGAAAUGUACUUUUUCAAUGUGUUGAAAUUUUAAUUCUUUACUUAUCAUAAUGAUUUCCUACCUAACGAAGGUUGCAAAUUGUUUUGCAAUGAUAAAUAUAGGUACGUGUCUAAGGGGAAACAAACAUAUCGUUACUUACUGUGUUUCGACAAUUAUGAAAUAUAAAAAAAUGUAAUGUAUACGAUGAACAUCACAAAAUUACUGACUUUUGUCCCAUUUUAUCGUCUUGUGGAGAGACUCAAAAGUACCUUUUAGAGCCAAAGUUUUAAUUGUGGCCAUAAUAUCUACAGAAUAGUUUGUAAGUAAAUGUAGUCUGUAGUAUUUCUAGAUCUAUCUAUGUUGUAUUUUUCCUACGACGCACAAUCAAUGAGAGCAUUAGGCUAAACGAUGUUUGUUGUAGUCUAGAAGGUUUUUUAAACACCUCACAAUGAUAACAGUGUUAUUUACAUUUCAGUUAUUAAACAUACGAAAUAUUAACUUUAUUCUAAUUGUGACAGUGGAAAAUUAUGACAAAUGAGUAAAUAAUUAUUUACUAAGACAAAGAGCAAACGAGAAAAUAGAAUCGCAAACAUUAUAAGUAAAUACUUUUUUGUUUGUUCAACACCAUUUUCUUAUUCUUUUUUUAUAUUUAGUCUGUGGGAAUUGACAAUACGAAAUAUACCUAGAUUAAAAAUGUCAAUAAUUCAUUAUUAUCUUUGGACCAAAAGAGUAUCGUAUAGGAUGGAACUUUGUAAGUAAAUAAAGUAACGUUUAGUUUACUUUUAGAGGUGAUGUCGGAGUAGUCUCUACUCAAUGCCUUCAAAUUAACGAAUGUGAUAAGUAGCAGUUAAAAUAUCUAUAACAUUGUUAUUUAUUACAUAAUGAACAGUGAUGAAUGUCAAUAAACAAAAGCAAUUUAAA